UCAGUGUAGAUGUAUAUAUACUGUAUGUGCACAUGGUUUCUGUGCUCAUUUCUGUGGACAGAACUUUCCACAUAAAUGACCCCGCCAACCAAGAAGACAAGAGAAAACCUGAGGCAGGUCUAACUGACCACCCUCACAGUGCCAUGACUGAGGAAUUCCAAGGAGCAAACUUCUCACAUACAAAGUUUACUUUUGUCGGAUUUCCAGAGAUCUCCAAAUACAGACGUCUGCUUUUCCUACCGUUUUUCCUCAGUUACCUUGUGAUUUUGAUUGGAAAUUCUUUAAUACUUUUUGUGAUUAAAAAUACAAAGAGUCUUCAUAAUCCGAUGUACAUUUUAGUGUCUGCCUUGGCUCUGGUAGACAUUGCUGUACCUACUGCAAUUAUUCCUGCAAUGCUUCUCAGUUUCCUUUUUGACCUUAAUGAAAUAACAUUAGUUGGAUGUUUGAUGCAGAUGUUUUUCAUUCAUUUCCUUUCCUCUGUAGAGUCGACCAUUCUUUUAGCGAUGGCUCUGGAUCGCUUGGUGGCUAUCUGUAAUCCACUUCGAUACACUGCGAUUAUGAACACAUCUACCUUUCUCAAACUGCUGCUUUUUACAUUGAUCAGGAGUGGGAUUAUAAUGUCCACUUUGGUUGGUUUAGCUUCACCUUUGUCUUUUUGCGGAUCCAACAUUAUCCAUCACUGCUACUGUGACCACAUGGCUCUGGUGAGCUUAGCCUGUAACUCAACUGCAAGAAAUAGUGCAAUGGGCGUCGCUGUGAUUGUAUGUUUUGUUGGAAUUGAUAUAUCUGUCAUUUUCUUGUCUUAUGUUAAAAUCCUUUAUGUCGUGCUCAGAGCAGCAGCAGGUGAGCAGAGGUCGAAAGCCUUGAACACCUGUGGCACGCACUUAAUUGUCAUGAUGUGCUUUUAUUUUGUGGGAAGUGUAACUUUUCUCUCACGGAAUCUUAGUAUUCCAAUUCCAGUUGAUGUUAACACCUUUCUGGGCAUCACCUACAUUGUUUUCCCUGCAUGCAUUAAUCCUAUUAUUUAUGGUGUUCGAACCAAAGAGAUAAGGAAUGCACUGUUAAAAAUGUUUAAAACCCGUGUAAAUGUGGUUACAAUUAAGGUGACCACUGUGAAAUGGUGAAUUUCAAUGUGUUGCUGGUCCUUUAACCCCUUAAAAUGCCUUGUUGUAUAUGGGCUACAGGUGCAGGUGAUACAAAACCCUUUUUAUCUGCAGUAAAAUAAUGCAGUUAUUUACAUUCUGAAAAUUUGAGGGCUGAAAUCUUCUACAGGACACUUGAAGAAGCUGCCUGUCUUCUCUCUACUCCACUUAAAAAUUCCAGAUCAGUAACAGGAAUUAGGAACAACAACCCGAACUCUGCAUGUUUGAAAAUAGAUGUAAAAACUAGACAAACAUCCUAAAGGUUAACUUAAGGAUUGGAGGACAUAAACAGUUUGAUUUGUAUUCAGGAAAAUAUUGACUUUAAAAUGAAGUGAUUUUAUAAUUUUACUCAUUAUAUUUUGACAUUAGCAGAUUUACUGAAAUAUUUUUUUGUAUUCUCUAUUACAAUUACAAUUAUGCUUUUUUAAAAUAAUGUUCCUUAUCUAAUGUUCCAUGAAAGCUUUUUUAUGUAAUGCUUGAAUAGAAAUCCUCAAGAUUUAGUGGUGUAAUGUCAGGCAGACAAUUGGCAAAAAUCCUGAACUGUUAAGGGGUUAAACUGUACAAUCUGUGCCUUUUAUUGCUGUUAAUGGAAACAUAAAUCUGAAUUGCUUUGUACAUAAUGCCAUACUAUCUUUAAAACCUUCUGUAAUUGUCUGUUUUGUUUGCAGUUGCACUUUGACUCUGUAAUUUAUACAUUUCACAAAAUAUAAUGUGAUUUUUUUUUUAAUGAUUGAAAUGUAAAAUGGCUGGGAUCGUUCAGUACAGUCAGAACAAAUAUUAAUGGUCUAUGCACCUGAAUAAUUAAAGUAUGCUUAAUGUAAAAGUUGUGACAUGACGUGACAGAAUUCAUUAAGAUCCCUACAGAGCAGAGAAUUGUAUUUGGACUGUAAUCAAUGUAUCAAGGGAAAUUAUCCUUCCACUGGAGCACUGCAUAUUAAGCACUUAGCCAAUAUACUUCACAAAUGACAGUGGGCUUAAAAAGUAUUAAAUAGAUGAACAAGAUUUCAAACACAGAAUAAGAAUUCUUUGGAUGAACAAGGAAUCAUUUGUGCGCUCAUUUGUAAUUAGAAGACACAACAUUGUGGCUGUAACUGACCUGAUGUGAGAAUCUGAAAAAAAAUAAAGUUUGAGUGUGUGAAAUGUCAAUGUUUCCUCUUGCUGGUAAAUUAUUGUCAAUAUAAAAUAUUGUCGAGCACACAGAAAA